AGCCUCGUGCACCAUUUAGACUGAACCCCUCCCGUGCGUAACGCAGGAGCGCAGAGAGACAAGCAACAGUUGUCGCGCUAAUAAUAUCCUUUCUAUAACUGUGGCUUUAAGAGGGGUGACCCAUAGUCCUCCGAGCAUCCACCUAUCCACAGAAAGCAGCGAGAAAUAGAUAUCGCAGAUCUUAUCUAGUGGAAGUUGUUGGUUUGGGGUUGUGACUUUGUUUGUUUUUUGCGCGCUUUUUACGCAUUUCGGUUCAGUUGCGCCGAGAUUUACGCGCCCGUGCGUGUUACUCCUUUAAGAAGCUGUCAUCGGGAUUAGAGCGAGGGGGUUUUACGCGGAGGAGGAGGAUCACCGGCCACUCCACCCUCCUGUCAGGCAAAAGGUCUCCCUCUCUCUCGCCCGAGUUAUCCGGGGGUGGUCGACGCUUGAGUAUACUAGGGGGUCCCAACAUGGCUGAGAUUGGGAAAGGCGUCACAGCCGGGAAACUGGCCAUCAACGUGCAGAAAAAGUUCACAAGAGCGCAGGAGAAGGUCUUGCAGAAGCUAGGAAAAGCAGACGAGACCAGAGAUGCUGCCUUUGAAGAAACGGUUGGCAGUUUCAACAAACAGAUGGUGGAGGGUGCAAAGCUGCAGAAAGACCUAAAGGCCUACCUACUGGCAGUCAAAACCAUGCAUGACGCGUCGCGGCGUCUGCAGGAGUGUUUGGCCGAGAUGUACGACCCUGAAUGGUUCGGCAAGGAGGAGGUGGACUCCAUGGUGGAGGAAAUGAUAGAGAAAGAGAUGGACAAUACCUUGGAGGACACAGAUGCCAACUGGACAGACUACUAUGAGAAGCUCACAGAUGAAUCAUUGCUGUCCCUUGACACAUACCUAUCUCAGUUUCCUGAUAUCAAGGCUCGCCUGGCGAAGCGGGAGAGAAAGAUGGUGGACUUCGACAGCGCCCGGCACCACUUCGCCUCCAUACAGAAGGGAAAGAAGAAGGACGAGGCCAAGAUCGCCAAGGCUGAAGAGGAGCUGGGCCGCGCCCAGAAGGUGUUUGAGGAGCUCAACGUGGAGCUGCAGGAUGAGCUCCCCGUUCUGUGGGACAGUCGUGUUGGCGUGUACGUUAACACAUUCCAGAAUCUUGCCAGCAAUCAGGAGAAGUUCCACAGAGAUAUGGGCAAGCUCAGUCAGAACCUGAAUGAUGUUAUGACCAAGCUGGACGAGCAGAGACUUGACAAAAAGAAUGGUAGUGCCUCGGUGAAGCCAGAAGAGGCCAGCAGCAGUGAGGGGGCAAACCACAGCGUGGCCGGCGAUUCACAGCCAGCGAAGCGACUCUGUCCUCCUCCGAGCCGACCCCCAGCCAGAAUGUCCCUCACCCCGAGCCCGGGACCUGAAGACGACGAGUCCCCUGAGACCGCCCCCACCUCCACCACCUCCGUCACCUCCACCUCCCCUAUAAGCACGCCGCAGGCGCCAUCUUGGGACUCUUGGGAGCAAGAGCAGCCCUCUAUGGCCCCGCCGGAGCCCCACACCCCAGUUGCUGACCCCGCCCCCCAGGGGAGCCAUGGCGACUGGGGAACGGCGGGUGGUGGUGACGGAGGAGGUGAUGGAGGUGGUGUUGCCCCCGACGACGGCGCAGACUACACAGAGUCGUUGGAGGGUCCGCGCGACGAAGACUCCUCAGAUGAACGGCGCUCGCUCGACCAGCGCUCGCUCGACCAACGCUCACUCGACCAGCGCUCGCUCGACCAGCCUGGACACGAGGAAGACUGGGGGGCCCAGGAGGAUUGUGGGGGACAGGGGGGAGACCAGAACGCGGUAACCAACGGCGACGGGGAUCUCCCUGAGGGCUUCCUCUACAAGGUGAAGGUGUUGCAUGACUACGCUGCCACCGACGGGGAUGAGUUGGAGCUGAAGACCGGGGACAUGGUCCUGGUGAUGGCCUUCGACAGCCCCGACGAACAGGACGAUGGAUGGCUGGUGGGGGUGAAGGAGUCCCACUGGCUGCAGCACAAAGACAUCUCCAUCAAGGGGGUUUUCCCGGAAAACUUUACCCAGAAGGUUUGAGGGUCAAGUCUCCGGCUCCAAACCCCGACAGAUCCAAGCCCACCUCCGCACCACCUCACACACCUUAGACACGGGACGCAAACCGCUGAACCGCAGCAAAAGAGCGGCUCUGUGUUGGGUAACGGGGAUUAUCGAUGCACAACGAAUGUUGGCAUUUUAAUAAUAAUAAUAAUAAUAUGUUUAUUUGAUAUUGCGCCUUUCUCACACUCAAGGUCGCUUUACAGAUUCAUGAGAAAACACGAACAAGACAGAGCAACAAGAAGUUCAACAACACAAAUAAAAAUAUAAAUAAAUCAUAGAUACAGAGGGUCUAUCCAUCGGAUUGGGGGUAGGGUUGUGUUAUCGAUCAAUUGACCGAUUUAAUGAUUAUGUGGGCUGGGGGGAAACUGCUUGUUGAAAUGAACGCAUGAACACAUGAAUGUACACUCCAGGUAACCAUCUUUAAAUGUUAACUCUACUUAUUGAACAUGAAACAUAAAACCCAAAUGUAACUCAAUUGCCCAUUUUUCUUUUGAUUAUUUCCGAUGGUAUUUGCAUAUUUUUUAGGGUUCAAUUAGAAAAGUGUGUUGGUCGUACCUUCACAAAUGUUUGGAAUUCUUCGUGAAUGUCCUGUUUUUAUCAAAUAUCCUGUGGAUUUGAAAGGGUUUCAACUGAAUCAUGAAUUAUUUGUUUUUAAAUAUUUGUGAUUAACGCAGCGAUAAUGACAAUCUACUACUUAAAAAUAAACUACGACGUAAACCAAAUGAUUUUAUUGGUGUUGGCCUUUAAAAAAAUCAAAGUGCUUCAUCUGUAAAUCUUAACAUGAUAAGCAUUCAUUUCAAUUUGUUUAAUGUCAUGUUUGAACAUGUACCUGUCCAUCAUCUAUAGAAGAACAAAUCUUUUACCGGCAGUGGAACUGGUUCUAACUGGUGUUGCUAAUUCACAAAAUCACAUACACACAUAGAGGGAUAAUUACAAAGCCCCAUUAUUUUAUCCAAUUCAAUUAAAUCAAGCCUUUUAUUGUUCUCUAAAAAUAUGCCAAUGGUUUGAAAUAAAAUGUUUUAAAUACA